GCCGGGCGGGGAGGCGGGAUGGAGGCGCCGGAGCCCAUGCCGGGCUACGGGGAGCUGGCGCGGCGCAGCUACCGGAGCCUGGCCGGGGCGCUGCGGGGCUGCGGCGACUGCGGCUGGGAGCUGUCCCGCCGGACGUGGGCCGAGAACGCCCGGCUGGCCUGGAGCGAGCCGCUCCUCUGCCUGCUCUGCGCCGUCGGCUGGACCGUGGCGCGGCGCGCAGCCUCCCGCCGCCUCUUUCGGCCCUUCGCGGAGUGGUGCCAGCUGGACCCCAAGGAUGCCGCGAAGGUGCCGGAGAGCGUUUGGAAGCUCCUCUACUACCUGUUCUCUUGGUCCUACAGCACUUACCUGCUCUUCUUCGCCGGGUACCCCUUUUUCUAUGACCCGCCCUCCGUCUUUUAUGAUUGGAGGAAGGGCAUGGAAGUGCCGGCGGACAUCGCCGCGGCCUACCUGAUGCAGUGCAGCUUCUAUUGCCACUCGAUCUACGCCUGCCUCUACAUGGACGCCUGGCGCAAGGACUCGGUGGUGAUGCUCGUCCACCACGUGGUCACCCUGGCCCUCAUUGCCCUCUCCUAUGUCUUCAGGUACCACAAUGUGGGCAUCCUUGUUCUCUUCCUUCAUGACAUCAGCGACGUUCAGUUGGAGUUCACCAAGCUCAACGUCUACUUCAAGUACCGCAGGGGGGUCUAUCACCCCCUGAACGACUUCAUCUCAAAUGUCGGUUGCAUCUCCUUCAGCGUCAGCUGGUUCUGGUUCCGUCUCUACUGGUUCCCCCUCAAGGUAUUAUACGCCACCUGCCACUCCAGCCUCCGCUCCGUCCCCAACAUUCCUUUCUACUUCUUCUUCAACGCUCUGCUCUUCAUCCUUACGCUGAUGAAUCUCUAUUGGUUUACGUACAUCGUCCUCUUUGUGGCCAGGGUCUUGCUGGGGCAGGUGCAGGAGGUGAACGACGUGCGGGAAUACGACAUCGACGCCGGGAGGAAAGUGGCAGCCGUCCAGAAGAACAAUGGGAAAUUGCAGAAUUCCAGCUCUUGCAAGGAAAGGAAACCCCUCAUGAACGGGAUCGUGAAGGACAAACGUCUUUGA